UUGCUGCUUUCAUUAACAAUUUUCGUAGCUUAGUAUAAUCAACAAGCUCUCCUAAACAGCCGGCGAUGCAACUAAGCUUAAUCUCCUUCUCAUCACAGCCACCACCACACCCGAUAACCCUACAACCUCAGCUUGUUUCUCUCUCUACCUCUAAUGGCGGCUUCGUUGAGGGCAAUCUCCCGCAGCUUUCUCAGAUAUACCAAACCUCUUCCAAUUCCAAUUUCUUACAACCCCAUUUUCUCCCGCCGAUUUUCUUCCAAGCUCUUUGUCAAAGGCAUAUCUUUCUCGACAACAGAGGAGACAUUGGCUAAAGUGUUUUCAAGAUUUGGCGAAGUAAUUGAAACUAAUAUUAUAAUGGAUAAAACUCGAAACAGAUCGAAAGGAUAUGGAUAUGUGACCUUUGCUGAAGAAGAUGAUGCUGAAAAGGCAUUGAUUGGCACAAAUGGGAAGGUGAUCGAUGGGCGAGCUGUUUACGUAGACAAGGUGGAGAAGGUACGGAAGCCAUGGCCAACACCAACAGUAAGAGAAUCAUCUCAGCCACCAGAAACAACUCCUAGUCCUAGGAUAUAACUAAGCUAUAUAAUUGGAUCAGUUUUUUGAUCUUAUUAUAUAAAAAUGGGAAUGUAUUACUGUAUUUGUUUGUUGGUACUCUAAUACUAUCUAAAUUAUAUGUAUAUGGUAGAUUGUAAGUUCAAUAAUUUAUCGAAUUUGUAACUGAUGGGAAGAUUAUAUGUUCUUUUAAAAAAAAAAAAUCAUAUAUAAUUUAAACAAAAAUCAUCUUUACAA